AUGGUUAUGGUGGUCUUACUUUUCUUUGCUCCUGCUAUCCGACGGGGGCCUGGUUCUGCUCUGCAGCCGGCGCCCAUGGACUACCUCGUUGUGCUUGACUUCGAGUGGACGGCAGACAAUCGCCGCCCCAUGCUUCCAGUGAGCGAGAUCACCCAGUUCCCAUCGGUGCUCGUCCGCCUGGACGGGCGCAGGAGCGCCGUAGUAGACGAGUUCAACGCGUACGUUCGCCCGACCUUGAAUCCCACGCUCACGGCUUUCUCGAUAGAGCUCACCGGGAUCACCCAGAGAAUGGUGGAUCGAUCGGAGCCGCUCAGGGAGGUGAUUGCACAGUACCUCAGCUGGCUGCAGUCUCACCAGCUUAUCGAGGGAGACUCUCAUGACAGGAUCGGCCGGUGGGCCUUCUGCACCUGGAGCGACGCCGACGUAGGCUCGCAGCUCGUGCGGGAGCUGCGGCACAAGGAAAUGCCCAUGCCCGCUUGCUUCGACCGGUGGAUCGACCUGAAGGUGCUCUACAGGAGGCAUUACAAGAAGGAGCCCACUGGCGGUCUGCGGGCGUGUGUCGAGCGCCUGGGGCUCACAUUCGAAGGCAGGGCGCACGACGGCUUGGUCGACAGCCGUAACACGGCGAGCAUCGCCCUGCACAUGGCGCGCGGCUCCAUGCUGCACGGCGCCUUUGUCUUCCGACGGCCCACGCGCGGGCUAGACCAGGAUGGCAAUCCUUUCGGCAGCGCUGCCGGCCGUGCAGCGAAACGACGGCGCGAGGAGCACGCACGCGCCCGCGACGUUUCGAGGAGCGGCACGGAGCCAGGCGCAGCACCUUGCGCAGACCCCACGGCUGCGGCCGGCCCCAGCGCAGAUGGGGCUGCGAGCGCGGCCGUGCCCAGAAAGGUCUAG